AUGUCGAAAGUGAAAGUGAGUAACGAAUGGAAGCGUCACGUGAAGCAAGAAUACAUCCGUUUGAGACAACAAAAGAGGUUCAAAAGAGCGGACGACGUGAAACUAGCAUGGAACCAGAACCGGAUCAAAAUGACCGAAAACCUGAUCGCCGAGCAGAAGCGCUGGACUGAGAGCAAAGCCUUCUGGGUGCCCCUGCCCGAGAUCCCCUCGCAUGUGACUUGCAUGAAAAAGGCGGAAGUUAUCGGGAAUGAAGGCGAUAUACAGGUCACCCCCAUUCGGAUUAUCAACGCGGUGACUCCCAUCCCGACCAUGUACACGUGGGCCCCCAUCCAGCAGAACUUCAUGGUGGAGGACGAAACUGUCCUGCAUAACAUUCCAUACAUGGGCGAUGAUUUACUGGACCAGGACGGGACGUUUAUCGAAGAACUUAUCAAAAAUUACGAUGGGAAAGUGCACGGGGACCGGGAGUCGGGAUUUAUCGAUGAUGAGCUUUUUGUGGAGCUGGUGCACGCGUUGAUGCAAUACCAGGACAGCGACAAAGGGGAGAAAAAAGACAAGGACAAGGAAAAGACCAAAGAAGAGGAAAAGAAAAAGGGGCUCGAUUUUCCAGCUUUUAUUAUAUUCCAAGCGAUUUCGUCGCAGUUUCCCGAUAAGGGGGACCCAGAGGAGUUGAGGGAAAAGUACAUUGAACUGACCGAACGGACCGACCCCAACGCGCCCCCUGAAUGCACCCCAAAUAUCGACGGUCCAAAGGCCGCAUCUGUACCCAGAGAACAAACAAUGCACUCGUUUCACACUUUGUUCUGUAGACGUUGCUUCAAAUACGACUGUUUUUUGCAUCGUCUUCAAGCGUGUCAUCCAGGGCCCAACUUGCAGAAGCGUCGCGGUCCAGAUUUGAAGCCCUUUACGGAGCCCUGUAGCGCCGAUUGCUACAUGCUGCUGGAAUCUGUUAAAGAAAGAAUGGCUGCGAAAGCCAAACAAGAGGAGGAAGCCAAAGGUAAGUCAGUGACUGAAGCUGGGUCUUCCACCGAAGCCAAAACAAACGGAAACUCGAAUCCUCGCAAAGUGUGCAAGCAACAGAGCGUUGAUUCGGGAAAUGAAGCGAGUUCUGAAGACAGCAAUGACAGCAACAAAUACAAAGACUCAACCGACCAAGACCAGGUGUCGACAACGACUUCGUUCAGCCUCCUCGGCUUGAUGGGCGCCAACGACCACAAAGAGUGGACCGGCUCGGACGAGAGCCUCUUCCGCGGCCUCCACAAAAUCUUCCUGAACAAUUACUGCGCCAUUGCUCAAAUCAUGUUAACCAAAACCUGCCAACAAGUCUACGAGUUCGCCCAAAAGGAGGACGCCGACAUUCCCGACGAGGAAGCCAUGCGAGACUACACACCUCCCCGGAAGAAGAAAAAGAAGCACCGCCUCUGGUCAGUGCACUGUCGCAAAAUCCAGCUCAAGAAAGAGUCCAACAGCAACCACGUCUACAACUUCACGCCCUGCGACCACCCGGGCCAGAGCUGCGACACGCAGUGCCCUUGCAUCGGCGCCCAGAAUUUCUGCGAGAAGUUUUGCCAGUGCAGCUCUGAUUGUCAGAACAGGUUUCCAGGAUGCAGAUGCAAGGCCCAGUGUAACACUAAACAGUGUCCUUGUUACUUAGCUGUGAGGGAAUGCGACCCUGACUUAUGCCAGACUUGCGGAGCUGAUCAGUUCGAUAUAAGUAAAAUAACUUGCAAAAACGUCAGUGUCCAGAGGGGAUUACAUAAGCAUUUAUUGAUGGCGCCGUCGGAUGUUGCCGGUUGGGGGAUUUUUCUCAAAGAUAGUGCACAGAAAAAUGAAUUUAUAUCGGAGUAUUGCGGCGAGAUUAUUUCCCAGGACGAAGCCGAUCGCAGAGGCAAAGUCUACGAUAAAUACAUGUGCAGUUUCUUGUUUAAUUUAAAUAACGAUUUCGUCGUUGACGCUACACGGAAGGGAAAUAAAAUUCGUUUCGCAAAUCAUUCAAUCAACCCGAAUUGUUACGCAAAAGUUAUGAUGGUUAAUGGGGAUCACAGGAUUGGGAUUUUUGCCAAACGGGCUAUUCAACCCGGCGAGGAGCUUUUCUUUGAUUACAGAUAUGGCCCAACCGAGCAACUGAAGUUUGUCGGCAUAGAACGGGAAAUGGAAUUUCUGUAACCGUUUUUUUAAUAAAUUUUUUCAUUUA